AUGUCGUCCUUGGUUGCACGGAACUACCUCCGUGAUGUGCGCCCGCUAUUGCAGCGGACUCAACAACUAUCGCGAGGACGCCAGUAUGCGACCACCAAUGGGACAGCUGCAAUAAGUCCCUUGGAGCCAUACAAUAUACUCAACUAUACAGAACGCUGUGAAACCCUGAAUCAUGUCCGCAAGACCAGCACACGACCUUUGACAUUAUCCGAGAAGCUUCUCUUCAGCCAUUUAAUAUUACAACGAAAGGAAUGGGCACUCGACGAGAUCAAAAGAGGCAAGACUAUACUUGAGCUGAGACCAGAUCGCGUCGCCUGCCACGAUGCGACGGCCACCAUGGCCAUGUUACAGUUCAUCAGCACGGGACUUCCUCGAGUUCAAGUUCCAACGUCAAUACACAGCGAUCAUCUGAUUGUAGCUGAGUAUGGGGCUGAAGAGGAUCUGGCUCGGGCUGCAAGCGACCACAAAGAAGUGUACGAAUUUCUCAGUAGUGCGUCCAAGAAAUAUGGUAUUGGCUACUGGAAGGCUGGCGCUGGUAUUAUACACACUACAAUCCUGGAGAACUAUGCUUUUCCUGGAGGACUUCUUAUUGGAACCGACUCCCAUUCACCGAACGCCGGAGGUAUGGGAAUGCUUGCGAUUGGCGUAGGUGGCUCAGAUGCCGUAGACGCCAUGACUGGAAUGCCUUGGGAGCUGAUGUGUCCCAAAGUUGUCGGCGUGCGUCUGACUGGGCGCCUAUCCGGCUGGACCUCGUCCAAGGACAUCAUCUGCCACCUGGCAGGCAUUCUGACCGUUUCCGGGGGAAAAGGCAAGAUCAUUGAAUUCUUUGGCCCCGGAACAGAAACACUCGGCACGACAGCAAUGGCUACAGUCUGCAAUAUGUCUGCAGAAGUUGGGUCAACAUCUUGCAUAUUCCCUUUUUCAGAGGCAAUGGCACGCUAUCUGUCGGCGACCAAAAGGAAGGAGGUCGCCAAACAUGCCCAGGUAUUCAAAGAACCGCUGCUGACCGCUGAUCCGGGAAGUGAAUCAUUUUAUGACGAGGUCAUUGAAAUCGAUCUCGACACACUUGAACCACACAUCAAUGGACCCUUUACUCCAGACCUCUCACAUCCGCUAUCACAAUUCAAGCAGCGCGUCUCUGAAAGCUCAUGGCCCUCUAAAAUCAGUCACAGUAUGGUUGGGAGCUGUACAAACAGUUCCUACGAGGACUUGACCAAGGUGCGCGACCUCGUGACCCAAGCAAAGGAGGCUGGCAUGACUACCUUUCAAACACCGUUUCUAGUCAGCCCUGGAAGCGAACAGAUCCGAGCGACAGCCGAAGACGCCGGUAUCCUGGAAACUUUGAGACAAGCUGGUGCGACGGUUCUUAGCAAUUCUUGCGGCCCAUGUGUCGGUCAAUGGGAUCGAAAGGAUGUUGACGUCGCUGGCGCAGAGGCAAAUUCGGUCAUUUCAAGUUUCAACCGCAAUUUUACGGGGCGCCAUGACAGCAAUCCCGCAACCCAUUCCUUUGUGACCUCUCCAGAAUUAUCUACCGCAUUUGCCUUCUCUGGCGACCUCAAAUUCAACCCCGCUACCGACGAUAUCAUAUUCAGUGAUAAGACUGGUUCCUCAAAGUCCUUCAAGUUCUCGGCACCCAAAGCUGAAGAAUUGCCUACAGCAUUUUCUCCGGGAUCGAAUAAAUUCCAGGCUCCAGUUCUCAGCGAUACAUCAUCUCUGCAGGUUGCCAUCAGUCCAAAUAGCCAGAGGCUACAGCUCCUCCAGCCAUUUGCGCCUUGGAGGGAUGAAAAUGCAAAGGACAUGCAUAUCUUGGUCAAGGUCUCUGGAAAAUGUACCACUGACCAUAUUUCUCCCGCUGGACCAUGGUACAAUUACAGGGGUCACUUGGAGAAUAUCAGCAAUAAUCUACUCCUAGGAGCAGUCAAUGCUUUCCUGCCAGACUCCCGAUCCCUCAACAUGAUUGGCAAGACAAUGAAUCCUAAAGAUGAAACGGUGCAGCCGAUUCCCCAGGUGGCCAAGAACUUGCAAAAAGAUGGCAUCAAAUGGUGCAUCAUCGGUGAUGACAAUUACGGCGAAGGAAGCAGUCGGGAGCACGCAGCUCUCGAGCCUCGAUUUCUUGGAGGUGUCUCAGUCAUUGCAAAGAGCUUUGCGAGAAUCCACGAAACGAAUCUCAAGAAACAUGGUAUGCUUCCACUCACAUUUGCCGACCCAGCAGACUACGACCGUAUAAGUCCAGGCGACUCGAUUACUUUACUUGGUGCCCAAGAUGGUGAGAUGCAACCGGGAAAGCAAGUCACCAUGGAAGUAAGAACUGCAAAAGGCACGAAAUGGACGGCGAUGCUCAAUCACUCGUAUCAUGCGCACCAGAUUCUCUGGCUCAGAGCUGGCGGGGCCCUCAAUCAUGUAAAACAGUUAAUGUUGUCUCAAUCCUAG